AUGAAUCGGGUCACGUCGCAUGGUCGGGAGAAGAUGUCAAAGCAUAUGAUGGCUAGGGCCUGCGUUAGAGAUAUGAUCGUCCUGACACCAGAAAUACGCAUCGACGCAGCAGAGCGAGCGUUGCAGCGUUGUAAUAAAGGCACACCAGCACCAACACAUGCUAUCCUCGACAGUGCUAGCGGCUCUGUGCUUGGCUUGGAGCGAAGGAUUCCGACCCUGGUCCCUCACGUUGAAGAGAUGGGCCCAGGGUCGGUAAACGGGACGCUGGCGCUGGCGCUGGCACCUGGCACGAGCGUGGACAGUGCGCUGGUAUCAAGCUUUGGCACUCGUGUGGAUGUGGAUGCGCAUCUGCCUGCCUGCGAUGCGCGAUGCGCGAUGCGAUACGGUAUGCGAUACGGUAUGCGAUACGGUAUGCGGACCGCGAUUCUGCGUGUGCGUGUGCGGCCAUCAGCCGGCCGAGAUGAGAUGACUGCAGCAGCACCCGUCCAGUGCAGUGUCGGCGCGCAGUCGCGGUGGAGAUGGAGGAGAUUGGGCGGUCAAUGGGUCAAUGGGGGAUAUGCUGGUACUGGUACGGCUGGGGCUGGGGCUGGGGCUGGGCUGGGGGCCGUCAACAGCUGCGGCAGAGCGAGCGCGCUCGUCCAGUCAAGAGCGCCACCAGCGAUCUGCCCUCCUGGAGAUCAAGAACAUGCCCUCACGCCAGCAGCGCAUCGCAGCGCAUCGCAUCGCAUCGCAUCGCAGCAGCACCAUGCGCAGCCGCUCCAUCAGCACUGCCAAACGCUGCCCUCAAAAGCAUAUCCUUUAGCCUCUACGUCGAAUCAUUUGGCCCAUGGCCCACCGACCACCGACCACCGACCACCGACCGCUGCCAAGCGCACAAUAAUGGAGUUUGCUCACCACGUCCAACUGGAUUCGAGCAAAGCUGUUCUCUCCACCGGCCCAAGUCCGACUGGCCAGCAUAGCGAGCGCUAUGCCACUUGGUCAGUAUUCUAUGUAAUUUCACCGGUCGCCGCGCGCACUGUGUGGCGUCGUACAAUGCCUCUGCUUGGUCGGGUCAGCAGAGCACACCACCGGCCUACAUUGCCCGACCGCCUCCUGACUCCCUGCCACCAUUCCAAUGAAUCCAUUUUGGCGGCCAAUCAGGCACACGCCUCUCGGCACCACAUCCGACCUUCUCUGGGGGCAGACGAUGGAUUCCAAGGCAAGGCGCGCCAUCGUGUUGCGGAUGAAGAAGCUUAUGCUCCUUGUUACCGGGAGCCACGCCGCAUCGCGAAUAGCGAAUACCACAAGCAGAAGAAUCAUGAUGAGAGUGCGGCUGAAGUCGUGGCCUCCGCUCGAGCAUGGCCAACCCUUUCGGCCAGCGGCUUGGCUCACACACUCGGCCGCAACGGCGACAUCCUUUUGGCGAUCUCUGGCAUCGGGGCUCUGCGCUGCCGCCUGCCACUUUCUGAAACGAAACUCUGUACGCUGACCUACAGUACCAGUCGAAUCCUCGAAUCCUUAUCCACGAGGCUGAUUCCAAUCGAACUCGGUCCCCACUCACGCACUGUGGUGACUGGUCACAUGCUUAUGAACACUAUGAACACGGGUCUGUCCUUCAGCAGGCGUAUGAACACAAGCAUAUAUACUGCACAGGUAUAG